AUGGCGGACGACAUGGGAUGGGCUGACGUGGGCUACCACUCGGACCACGUGCUCACCCCUAACAUCGACACACUGGCGGCCGAUGGCAUCGUAUUGGACCAAUUUUAUACCCAACCCCUAUGUACUCCAAGUAGGGGUGCCCUACUCACUGGGAUCCAUCCCAUGCAUACUGGGCUACAACACUUCGUUUUACACAUGCAAUCCCCAACAGGUUUACCCCUAGACCUCACUCUAUGGCCACAAUAUCUAAAACAAUAUAAUUACGCCACUCAUAUGGUCGGUAAAUGGCAUUUAGGGUUUGCUCGCCGUGCAUAUACACCGACAUACCGGGGCUUUGACUCACACGUAGGAUAUUGGACAGCCAGGGAAACCUAUUUUGAACACACUCACUGCGAACCCUUUGGGGGUUGUGGACUAGACUUCCGGCAUAACAUGGAUGUCAUUACAAACGCGUCGGGAGUUUACUCAACACAUUAUUUUACUGACAGAUGCCUUCAUAUAAUCAAUGAGCAUAACCUAUCUGAGCCUCUAUUCCUAUACGUGCCCCACCAGUCUGUCCACUCAUCGGGCUUUAACUUUACACUGGAGGUGCCCCAGGAGUACAUCGAUAUGUUUGCGUACAUUGAGUCCGAUAUACGGCGACAAUUGGCGGCCGUUGUCUACGCUAUGGACGAGUCUAUCGGUGCGGUUGUGGAGGCCUUGCAUUCAAAACAAAUGCUGGAAAACAGUAUUAUUAUAUUUAUGAGCGAUAACGGGGGCUUUCAUCAU